AUGGCGGAUCUUCCGAAGGAGCGGCUAGACGGUUCUCAUUUUUUUGAGAUCACAGGCGUCGACUUUUGUGGCCCUUUUUUCUACAAGCCAGAGGCACGCAACAAGGCUCCAAUCAAAUGCUACGUCUGCGUCUUCAUUUGCUUUGCGACUAAGGCUGUUCAUUUGGAGCUGAUCAAGGAUUUGUCUACAGUCUCCUUUCUGCACGGCCUAAAGCGGUUCAUAUGCACAAGACGAAGGCCGCGACAAAUUUGGUCAGAUAACGCAACCAAUUUUGUCGGCGCCAGGAAUAUCCUUUUGGAUCUAAAGCGCCUAUUUCUCAGCGACGACCAUCAGAAGGCGGUCCUGGAAUUUUGUUUGGUUGAGGCUAUUGACUGGCACUUCAUACCGCCCCGCUCCCCGCACUUUGGAAGCCUGUGGGAAGCUGCAGUGAAGACGGCCAAGUAUCACUUCUAUCGUGCUAUAGCAUUGAACCCGGCUGACAUUCUCUCGCGAGGGGCUCUUCCAGUAGAGUUGAGCGAGUCACCUCUUUGGGCUCAUGGACCUCCCUUUCUUUGCGGAUCCUCUGAUGACUGGCCAUCCACUGUACUACCUGUUAAGCCAACCCUGGAGCUUCGUCGGAAGGUUCUCCUGGUAAAAUCGCCUUACGUAGACAUCGUAUCUGAGUCCAAGUAUGCGAACUCUUUUGCGUCCAUGCAACGCGUUUUUGGAUAUAUUCACAAGUUUGUCAACCGGAUUCGGCAUCCCGGACUCACUGUUUCUGACAUUGAACAUGGAACUCAGUUAUUGAUGCGGCUAGUCCAGCGUACUGAACUAUGGGAAGACAUGAAGACACUGCGUGCUAAGGGGGUGGUCUCCUCAUCUAGUUCCCUCGUAUCGUUGAAUCCUUUCAUGGAUCAUUUCGAACUUCUCAGAGUUAAUGGCCGGCUGAAGAACUCGUCGUUGGCUUUUGAUGGUCGUCAUCCCAUCAUCCUGCCCAGCAGUCAUCCGCUUACGUUUGCAAUAAUUUCUCACUUUCACGAACGGAAUCUGCACGCUGGACCUCGAGCUCUGCUUGGAUUAAUCCGAUCCCAAUAUUGGCCUAUUGGGGGGAGGAAAACGGUAACCAAGGCCGUAAACAAGUGCGUAAGAUGCUUUCGAACGAAGCCUAGAGUAUUGGAGCACAUCAUGGCGGAUCUUCCGAAAGAGCGGCUAGACGGUUCUCAUUUUUUUGAGAUCACAGGCGUCGACUUUUGUGGCCCUUUUUUCUACAAGCCAGAGGCACGCAACAAGGCUCCAAUCAAAUGCUACGUCUGCGUCUUCAUUUGCUUUGCGACUAAGGCUGUUCAUUUGGAGCUGAUCAAGGAUUUGUCUACAGUCUCCUUUCUGCACGGCCUAAAGCGGUUCAUAUGCACAAGACGAAGGCCGCGACAAAUUUGGUCAGAUAACGCAACCAAUUUUGUCGGCGCCAGGAAUAUCCUUUUGGAUCUAAAGCGCCUAUUUCUCAGCGACGACCAUCAGAAGGCGGUCCUGGAAUUUUGUUUGGUUGAGGCUAUUGACUGGCACUUCAUACCGCCACGCUCCCCGCACUUUGGAGGCCUGUGGGAAGCUGCAGUGAAGACGGCCAAGUAUCACUUCUAUCGUGCUAUAGCAUUGAACCCGGCUGACAUUCUCUCGCGAGGGGCUCUUCCAGUAGAGUUGAGCGAGUCACCUCUUUGGGCUCAUGGACCUCCCUUUCUUUGCGGAUCCUCUGAUGACUGGCCAUCCACUGUACUACCUGUUAAGCCAACCCUGGAGCUUCGUCGGAAGGUUCUCCUGGUAAAAUCGCCUUACGUAGACAUCGUAUCUGAGUCCAAGUAUGCGAACUCUUUUGCGUCCAUGCAACGCGUUUUUGGAUAUAUUCACAAGUUUGUCAACCGGAUUCGGCAUCCCGGACUUACUGUUUCUGACAUUGAACAUGGAACUCAGUUAUUGGUGCGGCUAGUCCAGCGUACUGAACUAUGGGAAGACAUGAAGACACUGCGUGCUAAGGGGGUGGUCUCCUCAUCUAGUUCCCUCGUAUCGUUGAAUCCUUUCAUGGAUCAUUUCGAAAGCCCUCAGAGUUGA